GGGUCAGUCAACCUUUCUCCACCAAUUAGAUCAAAAUCAACCUCGUUAUGAACUGUAUAUGGUUCUUGCUUCUUUUCAUAGUCAUGGAUUCUCUCACAAAAUAACCUCAUUAAUCUCUUCUUUGAAGCUUCAUCUAUUUUCUUGGACUGAAUCGCCUUCAGCUCAAUCCCAUCUCAAAGACUGAGUUUUUGAGUCAACUCCGAGUGGCUCAAUCAAAUAGGAUGGCUUCUUUAUUCCGCUGAGUAAGAUUCUGAAGCUAUGGAUAACAUGAAUGAACUAACAUCAUCCUUGAGCUUUGCCUCAUCUUCGUAUAUUUCCAAUGGUUCCAGUACUUGUCACAAUAAUGUAUUUGCCUCAGCCACUACUGAACCUGGGCAAAGUCUUGAAACUCUGAGUUUGGGCAAACUCAGUAGCAGUCUGGAGAAGCUUUUGAUUGAUGAUGAAUUUGCUGACUAUACUGAUGCGGAAAUUGUUGUUGAGGGUGUUCCGGUUAGUGUUCAUCGGUGUAUAUUGGCUUCUAGGAGUCAGUUUUUUCAUGAGCUUUUCAAGAAAAAGAAUCCUGAUUCAAUGAAGGAAGGAAAACCAAGAUAUCUCAUGACUGAUUUGGUUCCAUACGGAAAGGUUGGAGUUGAGGCCUUUGAUGUUUUCUUGAACUAUUUGUAUACUGGAACUGGAAAGCUUAAGGCUUCACCAGAAGAAAUUUCAACCUGUGUGGAUGAAAACUGUGCCCAUGAUGCCUGCCCCCCUGCUAUAAAUUAUGCUGUGGAAUUGAUGUAUGCUUCUGCUACUUUCCAAAUGAAAGAGCUCGUUUUGCUUGUUCAGCGUCGACUUUUGAACUUUGUCGAGAAAGCUUAUGUAGAAGAUGUAAUCCCAAUUGUUGUGGCAGCCUACCACUGCCAGCUGAAGCAGCUGCUCACACAUGCCAUUGAGAGAGUGGCAAAGUCGCCUCUGGAUGAUGUUGUCUUAGAAAAAGAGCUUCCUCUUGAAGUCUCUAGUCAAAUCAAAUCAUGGCGUCGAAAAUCUCAACAAGAGGAGGAGGAUGAUGAAGAUACUGCGAUGGAGAAUGUGGUCCCAGUGCAAGACAAGAGAGUUGGGAGAAUCCUCAAAGCGUUGGACUCUGACGAUGUUGAACUAGUGGAGCUUCUGCUUAAGGAAUCUGAUAUUACUCUUGAUGAUGCAUAUGCUCUCCACUAUGCCGUUGCCUACUGUGAUCCUAAGGUUGUGAAGGAGGUUCUUGGUCUAAAUUUGGCUGAUGUCAACCUUCGAAAUCCCAGGGGACUAACGGUGCUUCAUGUGGCUGCAAGGCGCAAGGAGCCAUCGCUGAUAGUAGCACUUUUGGAUCGAGGAGCCUCUUCCAAAGAUACUACAUCUGAUGAUCAAACUGCUGUUUCAAUCUGCCGAAGGUUAACUAGGCCAAAGGAUUAUCAUGAAAACACAUGUAAUGGACAUACAAAGCGGGGAAAGGAAUCUAACAAAGACCGAAUAUGCAUAGAUGUUCUAGAAAGGGAGAUGAGACGGAAUUCGAUCUCUGCAAACAUGUCAAUGGAAACUGAGCCAGUAGGGGACGAUUUGGUUGCAAGGCUGGUCUACUUUGAAAAUAGAGUGGCAUUUGCAAGGCUGCUGUUUCCAGCUGAAGCCAGGCUAGCCAUGGAGAUGGCAGAUGCUCAUGAAACUUCAAUGUACACUACCAGCCUUUCGGGAUCAGGAGGCUCAAGUGGAAACUUAAAGGAGGUUGAUUUGAAUGAAAGACCUGCUGAACGAACAAGAAGACUCCGAGCAAGAUUGCAUGCUCUCAUUAAAACAGUUGAAAAGGGUCGGCGAUUCUUCCCUCACUGCUCGGAAGUGCUUGAUAACUUUUUAGACUAUGAAAUAGACAUGCCUGAUGUCUAUGUUCUAGAAAAGGGCACGCCUGAGGAGCAGGCAAAGAAGAAGAUGCGCUUCAUCGAGCUGAAAGAGGAUCUGCAGAAAGCAUUUUCGAAGGACAUGGAAAACAGCCGGUCUGGCUUGUCGUCUUCAUCAUCUUCCUCCUCUUCUCAGAAGGAGACUGCAAACAAUAGGGUCCGGAAAAGAAAUAGUUGAUUGUGAUUUUUUUUGUUUGUUAGAAAAAGUCAUUAAUUAGAGAUGUAUGCUCAUUUUUUGUGGAGUUUUCUUUUCUUCUCAUAGAUUUCUUGAAGAACCUUUUGCUGUAGCUUUUUCUGUAUUAUAUACAUAUAGCAAGAGAUGAUAAGCUGAGAGUGCCUUGGAAACACAUGAGCUGUAUAUUUGGUCUCAUAAAUUGAUGCAAAGCAUUCAAAGUUUAAGCCUAAAAACAAUAAACCAAGUCGUUGUUGUGCCU